CUGCUCCAGCACUGAGCCUCCAAACCAUCUACCCAUUCCUUCUCUUUACAGUCUACCAUCACCUUCAAUCAGCCAUGGGAGUUGCCUACAGCGUUGGAGAGGUUGACCACCUCUACACCUUCUUUGUCCAGUGGUCACCAGAAAUCUACAAUAAGGGAAACAAGAAGAACCGCAAGCCCCGCUACCGUAUCAGAGAGAAACAUCUGAACCGCUGUCUGGUAGUGGAGAAGAACAAGGAGGCUGUGAUCAACAAGAUCCUCAAUAACUCCUCCAACUCAACUGCUAAAAACUGGGAGAUAAUCAAAGUGAAGGACUCCAAACGCCGCCUGAGUCUAUGUAGUUCUGAGGACUCUGAGGCAGAGGAGCCUGACUACCAGGAGGAAGUUGAUGCUCUCCCUGUCCUGGGAGACCACAGCCAGCUGCUGCAUGACUACCACCUGGAGAGACUUGCUGCUCACAUGCCAGCCAGGACCCAGGGCUACCCAUGGCAACUAGUCUACAGCACAGCCAUCCAUGGGAGCAGCCUGAAGACUCUGUACAGGAACAUGGCUGGUCUGGACAGCCCUGUGCUGCUGGUCAUCAAAGACAUGGACAAAAAGGUGUUUGGGGCUUUUUCUUCCGAUCCAUUCAAAGUCAGUAAAUACUGUUACGGCACAGGAGAGACCUUCCUGUUCAGCUUCAACCCUGAGUUCCAGCCAUACAUGUGGAGCGGUGAGAACUCCUACUUGGUGAGCGGCAACUUGGAAUCUCUGCAGAUUGGUGGAGGAGGGGGUGGAUUUGGGCUGUGGUUGGAUGCUGAUCUGUACCGUGGCUCAAGCUUCUCGUGUCCCACCUUCCGCAAUGCGUCGCUCUCCACACAGGAAGAUUUCAUUGUACAAGACCUUGAAGUCUGGACUGUGCAGAACUGAAGAGAGAUCAUCUGAAAAGUUGAGCUAAAUACAAUACAACCCACUAUCCUGUCUGGAGUUACAGAACUCCCAGACCUUUAAGGAGUCCAUGUAGUUCUCGCCACUACUGUACAAAACCUGGUAGAUCAGCUGCUAUCACCUGUGCACCUGGCUCAGAUUAGCCCACAUACAGUUGCAGAAGCCUGUUGUGGUGGUCCUCAGGUUGGACGGUCUGUUUAUGGUGGUAUGAUCUGUGCCUGUUUAAGACAAGUGGCCAGAUGGAAUCCUGUAAUUCAGGGUCCUGCUGCUUUAAAAUACCGGCUAUUCAUCAAUAGCCCCAAGCUAAGACCAGUCAGUAACUGGCAUCUGAUGCUUUAGGCCCUCCAUGCCCUCCCUUUGUUGUGGGGAGCAUUAUAAUACAAAGUUCACAGUAACACUGUUGAAUAAAAAGAUUGUAACUACUGUAAGCACAUUCAGGAUUUAAGGAAAAUCUUUUAAUUUUUUUGUCUAACAACGAUUGUGACAUUUUUAAAUGUGCGUUUACAGUAUGUAUCUGCGUGUGUAUGUUUGUAAGUGUGUAAGAGUGCAUGUUUUGUUUGCUUUCAUGGCCCUAAGAUUUAUGAAACUUACUUGGUGCAGAAAGGGUCAUGUAAAACUUUGAGACAAAAGAAGUUGAACAAUUACUUCAUGGUGAAAAAAAACACUUUAACAUGACAGGACCCAUACUGGGCUAUCUGGAUUUUAAUUGUACGUUUUUCUAAUAUGAGGUCUGAUUUGAAUGUCGUCCAUUUGAAAAACUACUGCUGCAGAUGAAGACCAAAACACUCAGGUUGAAAAAUAAAGUAAGGAAUUGCACUAUGAAUAAUGUCUGGCCUGUGAUGUGUGCGAUUUGUGGAGGAAGCGACCUCAACUGUUAACUGUCACUUCUGUAUUUGUAAGGUGAGACAAGGUGUCUAUUUGCAUAGACAGUAUUAUGGAAGCAUUUCAAAUCUUUUACAUCCUUUACCACCUAUAUGUAAAUAUAUAAAUGCAUUUUUUAAAAUAAAAUCUAAACAGGAAAGCAAAGCAAA